AUGAAUCCCAAAAACAAGACCAAGGUGACCGUGUUUGAGUUUUCUGGUCUAUCUGAUGAUAAAGAAAUUGCUCCUUUCCUCUUCAUGCUGUUUUUAUUGGUUUACAUGGUGACCAUAUGUGGAAAUUCUGGGAUGAUGACAAUGGUUCAUAUCUCGCCCAGUCUUCACACACCAAUGUACUACUUCCUGAGCUACUUGUCUGUGGUGGACCUCAUCUACUCUUCAGUCAUUGCCCCCAAAAUGUUGUCUGAUCUUCUGUCUGACAAGAAAUUAAUCACAUUUAUUGGUUGUGCCCUGCAAUUCUACUUCUUCUCUGCAACAAUAGGUACAGAGCUCCUUGUCCUGUCCAUCAUGGCAUAUGACCGAUAUGUUGCUAUCUGCUACCCUCUACACUAUAUCCCAAUAAUGACAAAGAAGAAAUGUCUCAAUCUUGUCAUUCUUUCUUUCUCCAUGGGAUUUCUUCAUGCUGUCGUACAGACCAUCAGUCUGUUUAGUCUUGAUUUCUGUGAAUCCAACCUCAUAGACCACUUCUUCUGUGACAUUGCUCCACUGGUCAGGUUGUCUUGUUCUGAAACCCGCACCUGCAACAUCGUCACCUUUUUCUUUGUGUGUUUAUUUACCGUGAAUUCAAUGAUGACCAUUUUGGCUUCCUACACUCUCAUCAUUUCUUCCCAUCUUACGAAUAAAUUCUGCUGCUGGCCGGAGAAAAGCCUUUAG